GUUCACACAAAUUUCACUAGGACUAGGCCAACAACACGUGCUACGUCAUAGCACUAACAAUUCUGGUCGCAGUUGCUCGCACUGCACAGCCAGCUUGGUGUCCCGUCCCGUUCUCAAACAAGUAAAGUUAACUCACCAUCCGCACGACCGCAAGAAUCGAAUGAACACACCCGCUGAAAAGCAGAGAGGAUCAGACUCCAACUCUCCCACGACGCGCUCUCCCUUCCUGUUCUCUAUCUUUCAGGCAUACCUCAGACUCUUCAGGAUGGAUAGUCCAGUCGAUGAGAAAACCCCCUCGACGAAGAAUGUCGGCGUCGACUAUGUCGUCAACUUCAACUUUGCAAACGCAAAAGACAAGAAUGAAGCCGCAGCUCAGUUCGAGAAACUGAUAGUUUACCUCGAUAAGGUGGGAAUGCGUACGGAGGUUCGCGAUGGCCUACCAGGGAAGCUGCUGGUGUUCGUUCGCAUCCGGUCGGCACAGAAGCUGGUUGGCGAGGUCUACAGGGCUAGAGUCAAAGACUGGCUUCAUGGUGUCCGGCCCGCUGCCCCUGAUACCGAGACGCAGCGCUCGCUAGAUAAAGAACCUCUUACCGAAGCCGAGAGGUUGCGAAUCGUCCACUCGCUACUUACACUUCCUCAGAGCGAGGGCGGCGCUGGAAUCACGCCUGGCAAGGGAGAGUGGUCGUGUGUCGAGGGAAUCUUCCCGUUGCACGAUCAUGAGUUCAACAAGGAUUGGAUGAAGCGAUGGUCGACUACGUGGACCGUAGGACCUGAGGAGCUGGGAAACAUCCGCGACAUGUUUGGCGAAAAGGUGGCAUUCUACUUUGCUUUCCUGCAGUCUUACUUCUCGUUCCUCGUGAUCGCGGCAUGCAUCGGAAGCGCGUCGUACUUUGUGCUUCCCCAGUACUCGCUCGUCUUUGCGGUCUUCAAUUGCCUCUGGUCAGUCGUCUUCGUCGAGCAGUGGAAGCGCCAGGAAAUAGAUCUCGCUGUGCGUUGGAACGUCCGCAAUGUCUCCCAGGUCCAGAGCAAGCGCGCACGCUUCCAGCCCGAGACUGAGAAGGAAGACCCGGUCACCGGUGAGAUUGUGAAGGUCUUUCCCGCGUGGAAGAGGCUUUGCAGGCAGGCUUUGCAGAUCCCGUUCGCUCUGGGUGCUAGUGGAAUCCUCUCAGCUCUCUAUGCGUUUACUUUCGGUAUCGAGAUCAUGAUUACGGAGGUCUAUAAUGGCCCGUUCAAAUCUGUCCUGACCUUCGCACCCACUGUGAUCUUGACCGUCAUGGUCCCAGUCCUUACGGGCAUCCUCUCCGGCAUUGCGACAAAGCUGACCGACUUCGAAAACUACGAGCAUGAAUCUGCCUACGAAGCGGCAAUGGUCCAGAAAAUCUUCGUCUUCAACUUCAUCUGCUCCUACGUUCCCCUCUUUCUCACAGCAUUCGUCUACAUUCCCUUCGGCCAUGUGAUCGUUCCCUACAUCGACGUUCUCGGCUUGAUGGCUGCGCCCGAAGACGAGAAGAUGGGCACGCAGGCCAUCUUCGAGGUUAACCCGGGUAGGCUGCGGAAGCAGGUCAUCUACUUCACCGUCACGGCGCAGAUUGUGAACUUGGCCAUGGAAACUCUCGUGCCAUACAUCAAGCGCAAGGCCUUCAAGAAGGCGAAGGAGUUCCAGGACAAGCGCAAUGGAAACGAGAUCCCGUACGCCAACGAUGCACCGGAGGAGCGCCCAUUCCUUGAUAGAGUCCGGCACGAGUCGGAGCUGGGUGUUUACAGCGUUACCGACGAUCUCCGCGAGAUGUGCAUGCAGUUCGGCUACCUCUGCCUCUUCUCCCCAGUGUGGCCCCUUGCCGCCUGCUCCUUCCUAGUAAACAACUGGAUUGAGCUCCGCAGCGACGCCGUAAAGAUCUGCGUCGAGAUGCAACGUCCAAUUCCUCACCGCGCCGACAGCAUCGGCCCGUGGCUCAACAACCUCGGCUUCCUAACCUGGAUCGGUUCCGUGACCUCGGCUUCACUGAUAUACCUCUUCUCCCACACCGACACGCCCACCCCCCUGACCCUCGCCGGAAUCCUCAUCGCCAUUGUCUUCUCCGAACAUGUGUACUUCAUCGCCAGCUUGGCCGUCCGCGUUGCCCUGUCGAAGCUAGACUCCCCGGGGUUGAUCAAGGAGAAGCAGGAGAGGUUCUUGAUCCGCAGAAGGUAUUUGCAAGAGAGCAUGGGCAUUGAUGAGGAGACGGAGCAUACUGGUAUUGCUGGCGCGAUUAGUGUGGAGGGCGAUGAUGAGACUGCUUUCUGGGGGCGGCAGGAGGGCGCGCAGGGUGCAUUCGCGGCUGGCAUAGAACUCAUCAAGAGCUCCAAAAAGGAGCAGUAGACGGUAGCUGGAUGAGGGGAGUGGGAAUCUAUUGGCGGGUGUUAUAGCGUAUUUCAGUUGUCUUGUCAUCAUUUGCGGAAUACAUCCAGUUCGAGUUGCGU